GAGGCUCCGUCCGGCCCAUAUAUUCCGCCAUACGUCAAGAAAACUCUUGGAAGAGGCAGGCUGACGUGGCGUCGCCAGUGUGGACAGGAGCAAAGCCGUUCCCACGAGCCGGUGGGUGUGAAAUCCGCGAAGAAUGAACCGGCCGAGUGAUGGGGGUGAGAUCGGUCGAUCCAGAAGCGUCGUAAAGAAUUGCUCCUAGGCCCUAGCUACUGUACGCACCAAGAACCAAAUGGCUGCUGCUGCCGCCUGAUGCAGCUGUGGCCCCCGGCGACUCCUUCCACACACACACCAACGCCAACACGCGUUGCCGCGUACGCGUUUCCUUUAUCAACCCCGCACGCAGCCUCCGGCCCAGCCGAGAUGGUUGUGAGCGCCGCCUCACGCAACAAAGCUCUAUGUGCGAGCCAGCAGGAAGAUGAAGGACUCGCAGAAGCCGAAGCCGGGCGGCGGCUCGGCAGCCUCCUCCAUCCGUGGCGUGCUGCAGGAUUUCCUGGAGCAGCAGCGGCGGCUGGACGAGCAGAGGCAGGAGGCGACGGCGAGGUACGCGCAGGAGCGGCUGGCGUUCGAGCGGCAGUGGCGGCAGGAGAUGCAGAGGCUGGAGCGGGAGAGGCUGAUGCUGGAGCGGGCGUGGAUGGAGCGGGAGGAGCAGAGGAGGGUCAGGGACGAGGCCAGGGCCGAGAGGAGGGACGCGCUGCUCAACACUUUGUUGAAUAGACUCUUGCGCGAUGACUUGUAGCCUUUGUGGGAAGAGAUGACCUCGAGGGUCGCUAAUCAACCAAAGGGGUUACUAGUAGCAUGUUGUUGUUAUCCCGGUGUUAGGUCAGUAGAAAUUCUUUGUUUAUUGUGUCUUUGUCUGAGCAAUCGAGCUUAGGUUAAUCUGUAGGAAUGUUAAGCUCUUUUUGUAUAUCUGGUUCAUUGUGGAAAGGUAGUUGUUUUUUCUACUAGAAUUCAUGGAGCAAACAUAUGUUUUACAGA